AUGUCUGACGCUAUCAUCUCAUAUGCUGCUUUCAUCCUAGCCGAUGCUGGUGUUGAAGUCUCCGCUGACAACCUACUAGCUGUCACCAAGGCCGCUGGUGCCAACGUUGAAAACGUCUGGGCUGAUGUCUACUCCAAGGCUCUAGAAGGUAAGGACCUAAAGGAAAUCCUAUCUGGUUUCCACGCUGCUGGCCCAGCUGUCGGUGGUGCCGCUGCCGCUGGUGGUGCCGCUGCUGCCUCUGGUGAAGCUGCUGAAGAAGCUGCUGAAGAAGAAGCUGAAGAAUCCGAUGACGACAUGGGUUUCGGUCUAUUCGAUUAA